UUUCCGGUUAGCUGGCGCAUCUGCAGCAUCCGAAGCCGCAGACGAGAAACGCCAUGAACAACACGCUCAUUUCUGCCUGAAUUUGAUUCUGUCCGAUUAAAAUCAAACCGUAUCCGUUCACCGUUCACCGGCGGAGCGCGCAGAUGAGAUGUGUCACGCGUCUGAUCGGGUUUUGCAGGAAUGCUAGCGUUAGCGCCUAGCUGAGUAUUUGUUGAAUUUAAAUGAUUAUUUUUCAUCAAACAAGAGACGAAUUAAUAUGAUUAUGGACGUUUAACAAAUUAAAUCUUCUGUUAGUCUAAUUAAUAUCCGCAUGUCAUCUGCUUUUCUGCGAAAAGUGGGUUGUUUUCAGAGGUUCUAAUGAGCUGCACAGCUGGCUGACGAUGGAGAGUUUGACUUUCAUCCAUCAAAACAAUAAUUUCUCUUCACUUUACAUUUGAAGGUUAAUUUUUCAACAGGGCUUAAAUGUUUACAUUGAUUUCAGCUGUAUUUAAGUAUUUAUAUCGUGAUAUGGGCCCGUGUCCCGUAUAUAGACACUAACGUUAGACAAACACUUUAAUCAUAUCAGGCCAUCAAUGAUAGUUGCUGUUUAUUUGGAUAUACUCAACUGUGAUGCAUUAAUUUAGUACAUAUACCGUUUGUUUUCGUUUACUAGUACGUUUUUGUUGCUAUACGGUUCAUUUAAGCUGUGAUCAGCACCAGCAUUGGGCUAAUAGUCCAUGUUUGACAGUAAUAGCUGAUCUAGACCUCUGGCACCAGAACAACCAACCCACUUAAGUUUCUUAAAGACUCUCGUAAGUAGUUAAGGGUUCUUUGAUACAUCAUGAAGAAGUUCUUUGACUCCCGGCGGGAGCUGGUGGGCUCUGGACCCGGUUCUGGAGGUGGAGCUGGUAGUUCUGGAUCCAGCAGCAGUGUUGGUGGGAAUUUUAUCGGACGGGCUUUCACUGUUGGAAGACACCAGGUCACUGUAGAAGAAACUCUGGCAGAAGGUGGCUUCGCAAUCGUCUUCCUGGUGCGGACCAAUCAGGGGGUGCGCUGUGCCCUAAAGAGGAUGUACGUUAACAAUGAACAUGAUCUGCAGGUCUGCAAGCGUGAGAUCCAGAUCAUGCGGGAUCUCAAUGGCCAUAAGAACAUCGUUGGGUUCCUGGACUCCAGCAUCACGGCUGUAGGAGGUGGAGAAGUGUGGGAGGUGUUUAUCCUCAUGGACUUUUGCAGAGGUGGUCAAGUGGUGAACCUAAUGAACCAGCGUUUGCAGACGGGCUUCAAUGAACAGGAAGCACUCCAGAUCUUCUGUGACACUUGUGAAGCUGUGGCACGUCUGCACCAGUACAAAACUCCCAUAAUCCACCGAGACCUCAAGGUGGAAAACAUUCUCCUUCAUGACCGAGGACACUAUGUUCUGUGUGAUUUUGGCAGCGCCACCAUGAAGUUCCAGAACCCUCAGAGUGAAGGAGUGACUGUGGUGGAGGAUGAAAUUAAAAAGUACACAACACUGUCCUAUCGCGCUCCUGAAAUGGUGAAUCUGUACAACGGCAAAAUCAUCACCACUAAAGCAGACAUCUGGGCAAUGGGCUGCCUGCUUUAUAAACUCUGUUUUUUCACAUUGCCCUUUGGCGAAAGUCAGGUGGCUAUCUGUGAUGGCAACUUCACCAUUCCAGACAAUUCUCGUUACUCACAGGACAUGCACCGUCUCAUCCGGUACAUGCUGGAACCAGACCCUGAUAAGAGGCCUGACAUUUAUCAGGUGUCCUACUUUGCUUUCAAACUGGCCAGGCGGGACUGCCCUGUCCAAAACGUCAAGAAUUCUCCCAUUCCUGCUAAACUUCCUGAGCCAAUCCGAGCAAGCGAAGCAGCCGUAAAGAAGAGCCAAACGCAGACCAAGGCGAGACUUACAGACCCCAUUCCCACCACUGAAACCUCCAUCACCCCACGCCAGCGGCCCAAAGCAGCACAAUCCCAGUCCCAGGCACUAGGGGGCAUCUUGCCCAUCCAGCCUGCUGCCCUGACCCCACGCAAGAGAGCCAACCUGCCCGCUGGGGCCGCCCAGCCAAUAGCUGUCAGCAUGAACUUGGCUCAGCCGGCCGCAGCACUACAGUCUCAGAAAGCCCAGGCAUCUCCGACCCCUCAGCAGAAAACGCCCGUGCAGCCCAUCGCCGUCAUAGCUGCGACUGCACUAGCAGGAGGGGGUGUUCCAGUUGCAGCUGGCAGCCCUGCCCCUCAGAAAGCAGUAGCCACUCCUCCUCCAUCCAGCCCUGCCCCACCCACCGCGCCUGCACGGAGCGCUCGUCGUAAGCAGGCGUCUGUGGCUCAGCAGCAGCAGGUGCCCAUCCAGCCCACUGCCACUCAGCCACCUGGUGCCCUGCCUCCAGCACAGGCUGAGCCUGCAGCAGUGCCGCCCACUGUCCAGCAGCCAGCACCUCAAUCCCAAAUCAGCCCAGAGACAGCAGAGGAGAGGCCUGCGGCUCCGGGCCUUUCCCAAACUCCUCCCUCGUCCCCAAGGACGGCCCAGAAGGCGGGGCACAGACGCAUUCAGAGUGAUGUCACUCACAGCGCUAUGUUCGGUGUUCCGGUCAGCCAGUCCACUCAGCAGCUACAGGCGGCCACAGCAGAGGCCAGCCUUAACAAGUCAAAGUCAGCCAGUGCCACCCCAUCCAACUCUCCCCAGUCCUCCCAGCAGAGUGUGUACCAGCCUGCCCUGCAGGGCAGCACUUCUGUUCCUCAAGCUCCUGCCUCAGCCGCUAGCCUAAAAAGCCUCCCUGACCAGCCCACCUGGAAUCCCUUUGGUGAUGACAAUUUCUCCAAACUUACAGCUGAGGACCUGCUCAACAAAGACUUCGCCAAGCUAGCUGAUGAACCUGUUGAACCUCUGAUCGCUGCUACUGAGAGUCUUAUUCCUGGGCUGGAGGCUGCAGAACCUGCUCCUCCAUCCUCUGCUGAAAGACCUGCUGACAUUCUGGGCUUAGAACCGGUAGCUGGUUUGCUAGCUGUGCCAGAGAAGCUGAUAGAGGGCCUGAAGUCUCCAGAUACUUCUCUCAUGCUGCCUGAUCUGCUGUCCAUGGCCGACCCUUUCGGCAGUUCCAUGGAUGACACUAGAGAUGCCAAAACGGAAGUGUGUUUGGACUCUCUGAUUCCUGGCUUGGAGCCCCCUCAGGCUCAGUUGCACCCUGUGGAGGCUGAACCAGCAUCAUUAGCACUGGCAGACCCUUUAAUUGGAGAGGACUCUUUGCUGGGCUGUUCUCUCCCCUCUGGCUCUGCCUCAUGUCUCGAUGAUUUUGCGCCUGUCUCAGGUGGCUCCUCCCAGAAUAUACCAGCUGUAGACUCCUGUUUGAUCUCAGGCUUUGAGCCUCCGAGUGCUGAGAUGGCCAAUGAAGAUGAAUUUGACCCCAUACCAGUACUGGUCUCCAAAAACUCUCAAGGAGGUCACUCUCGCAGUAACAGUGGCAGCUCUGAGUCCAGCCUGCCCAACCUGGCCCGUUCCCUGCUGCUGGUGGACCAGCUCAUCGACCUCUAGACCGUACAGAUAAUUCCUGCAGUGCUGAAGAUGACGCCAACCGCUGUAGUCUUCUGCCUUUAACCAUUAAUCCCUCCUGCUUUCCUUUGUCCUAUCCUCCACCCACACCCUCUUUCAUCGUCCAUUUCCCUCUUUAAUCAGUUUUUCAUCAUUCUGUCACUUCAGUUUCUUCCUGUUCAUCACAUCUUGCGUUUUAUUUCUUUUCCUGCCGCUGUUGUCCAUCAGUUGUCGUCGUCAUCACCAUCAUCGCUCAUUUGAUUUGACAUACUCGGCUUUCCUUCCCUGCACCAUGACGUUUAUCUCCCUGAUGAGUUUGUUCAACUUGUUUCUUACAAGUCUGGUGCGACCUUUUUCUACAGGCUCAAAAUCCAGUUUCCUCUGGCAUCCAUGUCUGUGCUUGCUUUGGACACGCAUAUAAGACAGUCACACAUUUCAUCUGCCUCGCAGUCAAGAGUGCAAAAUCGUUCUUCUCUUCGGUCUUUAGCUGUGUCUUCAGUGGCACUCAGGAAGCUCGUCUCGACAUUAAACACACAUGGGUUUAGACUCAUGCAGUUGGCUCCUUCCAGACCAAAAUUAAAGUACAAAGUGAACCAGAUGUUUACAGACAGGAGUAUUUUCACUGGAUGUUUACAGACCGGCAGGUAGGCAAGCACAGCUUGUGAGAAUUUAUCUUCGCCCAGACUGACCGCAGGGUACGAACGGAUCCUAUUACUUCACGUAGAUUGAUUUUAAAACUUUAAAACCGACUAGAAGCUCCUCGUUGCAAUCAGUGGUACUUGUUCAGCAUCUCAUGACCUCCAUACCAUCAUUUCUCUGUUGUUUCUUUGUAAAUAGCUCUAUUGAUGUUGUACGUUGGCUCGACGCAAUGUAAAUUGUUGUAUAUCUGCAGUAUCUGACUCUCCCGCCCUCGAAAGUGAUUCGUUCCUCCUGUGUAUAAAGCAUCUGGUCCAAAUGUCCAGCGAUUCCUUCAGAGAUCCCUGUCUUACCCCAUAGUAUACAUUAUGAGAUAAUUUAAAAUAAAUAUUUCAUAUACGGUUAAGAUUAUAUGUGAAUAUGAAUAGAGUGGUAGAGAAUGAAUGUAUGAAUCGAGUAUCCAUAUAUAAAUGCAGAUAUGUGUAUAUGAAACCUAUUUAAGAGAAAACUUUAUCUCUUUGUUCUGUGUGUUGAGACGUGUUUGCGAAUGUAAAUUGUGGGUUUCAUCUUCUAACGGCCAGAUCGUCAUUGCUGAACAAAGUCGGUUAAGAAAAGAGGACAAUCUUGAAGCAUCCUGACACGGUAUGACGGCAUUCGUGAGCAAAUCAGUUUUCAUUGCCUUUUAUUCUCCGAUGUAUAUCGUCGACAAAAACAGGUUGUAGUCUUGAGGAAAUGCUCUACGGUCCUCAACACUGUACGUAUACAAUUCAUCCUCGAAUCUACUGCCCGAUGCCAUGCUUUCUUGCACAGUUCUCGUGAAUCAGACGCAUAUCGAAGCAUGGCAGUGUUUAUGAAUAUGAAGUUAAGACAUGUCUGUGGCCAAUCUUCAUAUCAGUACUGUACGUAUGUGUUUGCGUGUAUGUGUGGAUGUGAGGUAAAUAAAUAGCUAGUCUUAGUCAUUGAAAGUGGUGAGGUCGUUCUGUCUUUGACAUGGUUUAUCUGCUUCGUUCGGACAGCUGGACCCGCAGCAGACACCUCUGUUUCAAGCACAGGUUAUCUUUUCAUUCACUGAGAGUCAUUAGACUGCUCAAAUUAAGAGCAUGGAAAAUGCUCGCUUUAAUGCUGUACGAUAUUAGCAGAAUCCAAUCAGUGACUGACGCUAUAAAACUGAAAGUUCUUUAAUCCGAUUAAAAAAAACAAAAAACAUCAGCUUUUUGACAUUGCUGAAUCUGUAAAUGGCAUUGAAAUGAGUUAUCUCACAAGGGCAACAGCAGUAGGGCUGGGCGGCCCUGUAGAGAUUUCCUAUACUGCUUACAUCACAGUUAUGAAAUAUUAACAACUUUUCCCAUGCUGUCAAAUUCGACUUGCAUGAUCUAAAAAAUUUAUACUUUUUUUUUUUUUUUUUUUAACCUCGUUACAUAAGUUUAUUUUUCCAUUUGAUGCAUGAUAUACCCCAAACUUUUUAACUAUAUAUAAAUACAAUUUUAGGGCCAAUAAACGUCUCUUAGGCUGACCAAGGUUGCAUUUAUUUGAUUACAAAUACAGUAAAAUCUGAAAUAUUGUGAAAUUAUAUAAUUUGUUUUAAUAUAUUUUAAAGUGUCAUUUAUUCGUGUCAUGGCAGCGGAAUUUUCAGCAUUAUUAUUCCAAUCUUCAGUGUUGAUCAUUGGGAAAUCAUUCUAAUAUGCAGAUUUGCUUCUCAAUAAAAAUUUAUUAUUAUUAUUGUCAAUAUCAAAAAUAAUUGUGCUCUGGAAAGAAGAGUAUUUACUUAAAAUAGUAAUAGUCUUAGUCUUUAACAUAAUAUAAUACAUCCUUGCUGAACAAAAGUGUAUGUAUAUAUGUGUGUGUGUGUAUGUG